AUGAAUAGAAUUUUUUACCUUCUCAUAAAAUAUAUUACUUUGUCAUACUUUUUUUUUCAUAAUUGCAAAAGUGAAAAGAAAAAAAACAAUAACAUCAACAACAAUAACAGUAACAAUGCUUUUUUUUACUUUCCAGUGAAAGGCUUUUACAAUUAUAAAAGAAGAACUCUUUUGACAAAAAAAGGGGAAGGAACGGGUAUAAAGAGGGAAAACAAUUUUGUUUUAAUAUAUAAUAAGAAUAGCAAAAGCAAUGACAAAGAUCGAAUAGAAACUUUUCCUUUAUUUUAUAGUAAUACCGCACAGUGCGUAGAGGAGAAAAAAGUAAGAAGAAGCUUCUUGUAUUUCACGGCCAAUGUGUGUAAAGAUGAGAAUGACGUAAGUGAUGACGAGUUAAAAAGAGAGUACAUAGAUAAACUCCUGGACGACAAAGAAACAAUAUAUGCUCUUAGCUCAGGUAGGACAUUAAGCGCAAUAGCUGUAAUAAGAAUUUCGGGUUCAUUGAGUAAAAUAAUUUUAGAAAUAUUAUUACACAAAAAUUCGAAGAAUAGCCCCUUAUAUUUUGUAAAAAAUGUGGAAGAAGACAAAUUGGACUGCGCAGUGUAUGAUGGCACAAAUCGGGAAAAUAAAAUAAAUAUAAAAAAUAAAGUAAAUAUAAAAAAUAAAGUAUAUAUAAAAAAAAAGAGUGAAUAUAACUUAAAGGAAAUUAUAAAAUUAAAGAGAAACUUAGAAGUGCGAAAAAUGUACUGUGCACAACUGUACAACAAUGACAAUCACAUAAUUGAUCAAAUCAUGUUCAGCUAUUUUAAGGGACCGAGUUCAUACACAGGCGAGGAUGUAGUAGAGAUUUACUGCCAUGGGAAUCCCUUAAUAAUUAAGGAAAUUCUGAACGAGAUAGAAAAUUUAAACGAGUUAUUUUACAAUAUCGUGCGUGAUGAAAGAGACCACUACUACUCUUACGAAGGUACUGAAGGAUGUUACUACAGAAGUGAUAGAAAUAACAAGAUACAUGACCAACAGAGUGAGUUGUAUGAUAAUUUACACGAUUUUAAUGAUUUCAUAAAAAUAAGGGAAAGCAAAAAAGGUGAAUUUACUCGAAGAGCAUUUGAAAACAACAAAAUGGAUUUCUUACAAGUAGAAGGACUGAGUGAACUAUUAUUUUGUACACAAGGAGUACAAAAAAGAAUAGCUCUAAAUUAUUUAACUGGAUAUGCAAAGAAGGUUUACGUAAAAUUAAGAAGAAAUAUAAAGGAGUUGUUAGUUUACACACAAUUCAAAAUAGAUUUUGAGGAAGAGCAUAUAUGUUUAGAAAAAGAAAAAAAGGAUAUAAGUAAGUUUAUUAAUGAAAAAGUUAAUGAUGUUAUAAUAAAUAUUAAAAGCAUUUUAAACAAAGAUAACGUUGAAGAUUUAAGUACAAAAUCUGUGGACAUCUUACUAUUCGGAAAUGUUAAUGCAGGGAAGAGUACCUUAAUGAACUUUAUUUGCAAUAAUAAUAUAUCUAUAGUUACAAACAUAAAAGGGACAACCAUAGACAUUGUACAAAAGAAUGUUAAGAUAUCUGAAAACUACUAUAAUUUUUGUGAUUCAGCUGGUGUUGUUAUAAAAAAAAGAAAAAAGGGAGAAACAGAUGAUCAACAUAAAAGUACCAAAGGACGCAUGACCAGUAAUAAGCACAAAAUAUUAGAACGAAUUGGCAUUAAAAAAACGAUCAGCUAUUUAAAAAAAUGUGCAUGUGCAUUUAUUUUGCUCAAUAUAAAUAACUAUUCAGAAGAAUUAAAAAAUGCCAUUUCAAUUUUAAAUAAAAAUUUUGGUCAUAUAGUGUACACAAAUGGAGAAAGAACAAUUCCAUAUUUUUUUCUAUGCAUAAAUAAAUGUGAUUUGAAAAAUUCUGACAUGUUCAGGACAAUAAGAAGGGAUGUAAAGAGGACACUCAUCACAUGCUUACACAAAUAUAUUUUAAAAAAAUUUCAUAAACAAAUUUUUUUCAUUUCGUCCAAAAAGGGGGUGAAUGUGGACAAAUUGCUAUACUGUUUAAACAAAACGCUGGUGAAGAGAAGGGCUGAGAUAACUUUUGGUGCGGGAAGGGAACAAAAAAAAAAAAAAAAAGAACAGAGGGGUAAGGAAAAAGAUAAGGACGAAGAUGAAGAUAAAGGUGAAGGAAAUAAUAAUAUAGACACAAACAAAAGCGAGCCUGCCUUCUUGCCCUUUGAAAGACAUAAAAUUUAUUUACAAAAGGCACUGAACCAUUUGCUCUUUAUAAAAAAGAGUAAAAGGUUCCUUACAUUUGAUAUCAUAGCGGAAGAAAUCAAGCUAGCCGUCCACUCGUUGAAUCAUAUUAUUGGAAAAUUCAAAAGUGAGCAAAUUCUAAACGAAAUUCUUGAGAGUUUUUGCAUUGGAAAAUAG